AUGUUCGCCGAAGACUUGGACCGAAUCCUGAGCGGGAGGUAUCCCGGCAAGUCUCACGCGCUGAGGGUCGUGGAGCUCUUACGAGAGAAAGUUCCUAAUGCCAAGGGUUAUCUCUAUCUCGAAGGGCGAAUAUCAAAGUUGUUGGAAGAUAGCGAUGAGCUUGAGCCAUUCCGCCAGCGUCGACACUUCUACUAUCUCACAGGUUGUGAUCUAAGCAACUGCUAUCUCCUAUACGAUAUCGAUUCUUCCAAGUCCACCCUGUUCAUUCCCCCGAUAGAUCCCGAGGAGGUUGUCUGGUGUGGUCUGCCUUUCAACCCUCAGCAGGCACUCAAGAAGUUCGACGUUGAUGAAGUCGAGUUUUCGACUGAACUCGACAAUGUCCCCUCUCACCUUUCUAGCUCUCAGGACUCGGCAGUCUAUACUACCGCAUAUUAA